AUGUCCGAUCCUCAAAACUACCAGGUUGGCUGGAUAUGUGCCAUCGAAACUGAGUACGUCGCCGCAAAGGCUUUUCUCGACGAAAUACACAAAGCGUCGGAAUAUUUAUCACCCAGCGAUAACAACGACUACACGCUGGGCAAGGUGGGAAACCACAAUAUUGUUAUUGCUAUUCUUCCAGACGAUGAAUAUGGCACAACAUCGGCAGCUAGCGUGGCAAGAGAUAUGCUUCACAGCUUCACCAAUAUUAGAGUUGGCCUUAUGGUUGGUAUCGCUGGCGGUGCACCGAGUGCAACUCAUGGUAUCCGCCUUGGCGAUGUUGUCGUCAGCGCCGCAAGAGACGGUAAGGAUGGUGUUGUACAAUUCGACUUCGGAAAGAGAGUCCAAUGCCGAGAGUUUCAAAGAUUUGGGUUCUUGAACCAACCUUCGACAGUUCUCAGGACGGCAGUCGUGGGUUUGAGAUCACAGCACACUGUUCACGGUCACCAACUCGAUGAAUCUGUCAAUGCCAUUCUUCAAAAGAAUCCAAGGUUACAGGAGAAGUUUGCCCGUCCGGACAAAAAGACAGAUAUUUUAUAUCACAGUGACUUUCUCCAUGCUCAAGGUGCUGAUAACUGUGGGAAUAUGUGCGGCAAUGACCCUUCUAUUCUCAAAUUACAAUCGAAAAGAUCCAAAGACGAUGACACAGUAAUCCAUUAUGGUCUCAUUGCAUCUUCAAAUCAUUGA